CAAGUCCCGGACUCCCCAAGUCUCCCAGCUCGCGAAAUCCCAGCGCACGCGCGAGACCAGCCAACUGACUCCGUCACCCCGCGCUCGCGCCGUGCGCUCACAGCCCGCGGCCACGGCACCGCCGGCCCCCGCCCCGGCCAGCAAGAGGAAAGGCCAGGCCGGCACCUCCUCCUCCUCUUCCUUGCCGCCGCCGUUACCGAGGUCGCGCCGCACGUUUGCCGUCGUGAUGGCUGCGUCCCUGCUAGCGCUCGCCGUGGCGCUCCUGGUCGGCGUGGGUGUAGUCGACAAGAGCGUCGCAGCCCCCGUGGAGGUGGAGGGCGCCGAGGUGACGUACGGGAGCGUGGUGAAGCUGAUGCACGAGAAGACGAAGCACAGGCUGCAUUCGCACGACGUACCCUAUGGCUCCGGCAGCGGCCAGCAGUCCGUCACCGGGUUACCCGAAGGCAACGACGCCAAUAGCUACUGGAUCAUAAGGCCUACUCCAGAUUCAUCGGCUAAACAAGGUGAUGCCAUCGAAACUGGUAGCAUCAUCAAGUUGCAACACAUGAGGACACGGAGGUGGUUGCACAGUCACCUGCACGCUUCACCGUUGUCCGGUAAUCUAGAGGUUAGCUGUUUUGGUGGGGAUGAACUGUCAGAUACUGGUGACUACUGGAGGCUAGAAAUCGAAGGAAGUGGAAAAGUAUGGAAAAGGGAUCAAAAAGUAAGACUCAGACACAUUGAUACUGGGGGUUAUCUUCACAGUCACAACAAGAAGUACAAUCGCCUUGGUGGUGGGCAGCAAGAGGUCUGUGGUGUCCGAGAGAAGCGAGCUGAGAAUAUUUGGCUGGCAGCAGAGGGCGUUUAUCUCCCAGUUAACGGAAGCAAGUGAAACAGAGUUUUUCCUGUUUUCAUCAGAGUUAACACAGCAUCAGAAUGCCCCCCCCCCCCCUCCCCCCGGUUUUCAUUUGUUCUUGUUUUUUAUUUAAACAUGGGGCCUGACCCCUUGAGUGAUAUGUCGAAUAUAGGUGCACACAAGAUGAGGACAUGACGUGCCCCUAAUUGCUAUUAUAACAUUAAGUAUUGUCAGGUAUACAGUACUGACCCAGAGAUGUAAGUGAAACUGUUGACAACUUGACGUGCUGUUUAGCUUCCAGAUGCGACUCCAAAAGGCACUGUCCUUGUAAAUCUGGAACAUUUUGCUCGAUGCCACUCGAAACAUAGUGAUUUCAAAAUAUUGCCGUUCUGAGCACGA